AAUAUUAACGAAUGUCGAAUAGGUACAUAUUAUUAUUAACGUUAAACUUCUAAUUUAAAAUUUAAAUAUACUCCUUCAUUCACCCCACACAAAUUAUUUAAAGGGUAAAAUAACUAUUAAAAUUUUAUAUCUAACAAAACAUGACGUACAUUUUAAAUUAUUUAAAACUAACAAUCGGUUAUCAACUAUCAGCAAAAUAAUGAACUAAAUGGAAACCAACGGGGAAGAAAAUGAACAAAUUGUUGAAACUCGAUUGUCCCCGGGGCACCGGUCAAUUACGUGUAGCAUGGCAAAAAGGCAGCGGUACAUAUCUAGCAAUAGCUGGCGCCGAUCAAUUUGUCGGUAUUUACAAUCGUUAUGGCAAAUUGAUUGAGAAAAUCAAAAUCACCGGAUAUUGCAUUGACUUGGCCUGGGACCGAGAUGGUGACUUAUUAGGCAUCAUAUGUGACGGUUUGACCUCGAUCAUUUUAUGGGAGGCCAAUUCCUCUAAAACCGAACAAAUAAAUCCUGUUUUCAAUGAUAGUUUAACAUGUAUACUAUGGUCAAAAGUUAGUCAAACAGUCGCAGUGACAUCGUCCAAAGGAAAUUUAAUUAUAUACGAUUAUACAACUACAAAACGAAUACCUGUACUUGGCAAGCACUCCAAAAGCAUAACAUGUGGACAAUGGAAUCGGAACAAUAUAUUAGCUCUAGGCUCUAAAGAUCAGACUGUAUCUAUAAACAAUAUUGAAGGAGAUACAUUAAAAAUCAUAACGCUCAGAGGCGAACCAUCUAAUAUUAGAUUUUCUACAAUGAAAUCUGAUCGAAAAAAACAAUCGGAAGAAACUGUGAGUGUUUUGGUUAGUAAUAAAACAUUAUAUCUCAUCGAUCUUCAAGAUACUGACAACCCGUUCGAGUUAGCAUUUAAUAUAAAAUACGGAUCAAUCAUAACUUACCAUUGGUACGGGGAUGGCUACAUUUUAAUCGGUUUCAGCGAAGGUUAUUUAAUUUCAAUAUCAACACAUCCAAAAGAAGUAGGCAAAGAACUUUUCCAAGUACGAAAUCAUAAAGACAUGUUGUCUGAUGUGGGUCUAUCUAAAAUUGCUGGAAAAGUUGCCACCUGUGGCGAGUAUACCAUCAAAGUACAUGAAAUUGGCAAAUUGCAAGAAACAACUGCUGUUUUAAGUGUAGAAGAGACUAGUGUACUGGACCAUGUCACAUGGAGUGAAGAUGGACGACUGUUGGCUGCAACAACGUCCGAUGGUUGUGUUCAUCUCUACUUGGGUGCUUUACCUAUGUUGUCGGCGUCAUUUAAUAAUUGCGUGGCAUUUUUAACGUCGUUAAAUAAAAUUACCAUUCACUAUUCUUAUCCGGACAAAAACCAACCGACAGAUAUAAUUUCCGUAAUGGCUGAAAUGGAACCUACUAUCUUGGGCAUUGGACCAUUUAAUUUAGCAGUUGGUAUGAACAAUACUGUUUGGUAUUACCAAAUAAAUACAAAUGAACCUAACAAGUUGUCGACUACAUUAAUCGGUGAUCAAGAAUAUUUGAAAAGCGUUAAAAGUAUAUGCUUGAAUGCGGAAUUUGUAUCUGUUCUUUUCGAAGGAAGGCUUCAACUUCACACGAUUGAUUCUGUGGUAUCUAAAGAAGUCAACGAUAACGUAUCCAAAAUAUUUCCAAUGGAAAAGAGUAAAAUCAUUAAUAAUCAUUAUUUAACUAGUGAUUUUCUUAUCUAUAGCACCGAUACAGGUAUCAUCUACUAUUUUUAUCUGGAAGAUUGGACUGAAUGUUUUACUUACAAACACGAGUGCGGCAUUGUGAAAUUAUUUCCAAACCCAGAUGGGAUAAAGUGUCUGAUUAUUGAUGCCAAAAACGAAGCAUACUUAUAUAACCCUGUAUUUGAAGAGAUGUUACCUAUAAAAGACUUUCCAACAUCAAUUACUUCUGUUUUCUGGGAAUGUUGGCCAUCGGAAAAUUAUGUAUUUGUUGGCUGUGGCGACAAAUGUGCUUUUACUUUUAUAUAUUUAAGGGAAUCUAUUAAUGGUAGUGUAGUACGUUAUAUUGGUUCCACUAAAUUGCCUGACAGACAGAUACCGCUCUUCUUAUACCAUGGUGAACUUACCUUAGAAACUUCCACUGGUAAAUUAAACACCAUUACGCUGUCUACACACACAGCGUUGUUAUUGCGACCGGCAGCUGCUACGCUUAGUCAUCCGACCGAACGACUGGAACAGGAUUUAGACAAACAAUUAGCGUUGAUGCGUUAUAAAGAUGCAUGGAAGACUUGUCAACUAUUAAACAAAAAGGAAUAUUGGGAGAAACUGGGAAUGAGCUGUUUAGAAAAUUUUGAUCUAGAAACUGCUAUUCGAGUGUACACUGUUUGUGGUGAUGUUUCCAUGGUCUGGUCCUUGGAACUCAUAAAAGAUAUAGAAGACAAACAUCUGUUUGCCGGUCAUGUGGCAAUGUACUUGAAAGAAUUUGACAAAGCUCAAAAAUUAUUUUUGGAUUCAUCAAAUCCAAUACAAGCAUUAAAAAUGCGUCAAGAUUUAUUGCAAUGGGACUUGGCUUUGGACUUGGCGAAAAUAUUGGCACCCGAAAGAUUGCCUUUUAUAUCUUGUAAAUAUGGUCAACAGCUCGAGUUAAUAGGUAAAGCUUCUGAAGCAAUGCAGCAAUAUGAAGAAGGCCUCAAUGCUGGAAAGGACAGUAACCAAUUAAUACUUUGCCGUGAAGGCAUGGCUAGAUGUUUAAUUAAGUGUGGAAACGCGAACAAGGGUAUUAGUUUAGCUUUGCAAGUCGAAUCUAAGAAAUUACUUAACGAAUGCGCUGAAAUAUUGGAAAAUGUUAAGAGACUAAGCGAUGCGGCUGAACUAUACGAACGUAUUGAAAACUGGGAUCGAGCCGCUUCUUGUUAUAUUCGAUUAAAGAAUUGGGCAAAAGUCGGUGAAUACGCUAACCGAAUUACUUCUAACAAAAUUCACGCUCAAUAUGCUAAAGCGAUGGAAGCAAUGGGAAAUUACAAACAAGCGUAUUUUGGAUACACUGCGGCUCAAGAUUACAACAAUGCUAUUCGUAUAGAUUUGGAUAAACUAGAUGAUCCUCAAGAUGCCAUUAGAGUCGUUCAUGAACAUCACAGUACUGAAGGGUCUAAAAUGAUUGCCAGAUAUUUUCAAAAAAACAAUGAAGUCUUGUUAGCUAUUCGCUUUUUGACAAUGUCCCAUUGUUUUACUGACGCAUUUAGAUUGGCUUGCGACCAUGGUCACUUGGAAUUAUACGGAGAUGUAUUGAUUGACGAAGAUGAACAAGUAUCAAUUCCUGAAUUUAUCAGCCUUGCCAAAUACUAUGAAACCCAAAACGAACCAGCAUUAGCUGGCAAAUACUAUUACCAUGCUAAAAAUUAUCAAAAAGCGCUUAAUUAUUUGCUUGAAGCGAGUAAAAAGAAUUCUGAAAAUGACGAUAUAUUAUUAUUGGCCAUAGAAGUUGUUGCUGCCGCUAAGGAUAAUAUGAUGGAUGAGCAACUAAUACAAUUAUUGUUAGGUGAUAUCGAUGGAUACCCAAAAAAUCCAAAGUUUUUAUUUAAACUGCAUAUGGCCAGAAGACGAUACCACGAUGCUGCCAAAGUUGCCAUAAUAUUAGCUAACAACGAACAAGUUAAAGGUAACUAUAGACAAGCGCACGACGUGCUGUAUAGUACUGUUUGUGAAUUGCGUAAUAAUCAACUGAAAGUAAGCAAUGAGAUGAUGGCCAAUUUAGCUCUACUUCAUUCUUACAUUCUAGUUAGAAUUCAUGUAAGACUAGAUAAUCAUGACAAAGCCGCAACACUACUGAUUAGAGUAUCCGAAAAUAUAGAUAAAUUUCCAUCACACGCUGUUCAAAUACUAACGUCGACCGUCAUUGAAUGUUAUCGAUCAAACAUGAAAGAAGACGCUUUUAAAUUUGCGACCAUUUUAAUGAAAUCAAAUUAUAGAAAUCAGAUUGACGAGAAGUAUAAAAAAAAAAUUGAAAGCGUUAUUAGAAAAUCCCCUAGAGGAGCUCUCCAAUCAGAUAUGGAUACAAUUAGUGUACAACCAUGUCCAUACUGUGGAAUCGACUUAGCCAUGACAAGUUUAAUGUGUACCAAUUGUAAAAGUACAAUACCUUUUUGUAUAGCAUCGGGGUGGCAUAUUACUAAAGAAAACUUGACAAUUUGUCCAAACUGUCAAUUCCCUGCUAUAUACAGUGAAUUUGUCAGGUUACUGGAAUCUGGUGAAAACUGUCCAAUGUGUUCCAAUCCAGUUAAAGUGAAUUACCUACAAACGAUAGAAGAUCCCAGAUCACUUUUAUUUGCCGAUGAUAACGAAUAGACUAAAUUAUUUUUAAUUUUUACUGCACAACAAAUCUUUUCUGUAAGAAUGUGUUAUUUAUUUUUAUACAUAAUAUGCCAUUACUACAUAAGAUCUCUUGCACUUAUUCUUUACUCAAUUUUUGGAAAUCCUAUCAAUUUUUAAUUUUGUUUAAUUUACAAUUAAGAUGUAUUUAAGCAAUUUAAAUGUUAGCAUUCAUGUAAUUUUAGUU